GGGUGCUGAGGACGUGUGUGUGUGUGAGAGUGAAGUGUAAGUUGACUUCAUUGAAGUGUGUGGCGCCGCUGAGGAAAGAGUGCAUAGACGCCGCAGAAAUCAGAUAUUGGGAGUGAUUUCGCUGUUGAGCAAGUGGUUUAUAGGAAAGAGAUCAGCAACAUGAGUCUGUACCCGUCAUUAGAGGAUAUGAAGGUGGACCAAAUGGGCCGAGCACAGGCCCAGAUGGUAAGCGAGAUGAUGUCGGCACAGGUGGAAAAUAACCCGACAGCGCCACCUGCCAUUGCUGGAUAUGCCGCACCUCCCUAUCCUCUGCACCCACCAGAAACUGCAAAGCAGCAGAAUAGCUUGGCCCAUCUAUACCCAUCUCUGGGAGAUUACAUGGGCCUAGAGUUCACUGAUGAGGUUAUUGCUGCGAACAUGCCAGAAUAUUUGGCCGUCUCACAAGUGCAGCCUGGAACUGUGGCUGUGGCUCCAGCCUCAGGACCAGCCUCAGUGGUGCCCUCAGGGAUGGUGGCUCCAGUCUCCGGUGCGUCUCCUGGACUUUACCGAGCUCAGGUCACUAAUUCCAUCCGAGAGAUCACCCUCUGCAAGGACACUGAGGGCAAGGUAGGCAUGCGUGUCAAGGCGAUCAACAAGGGAGUGUUCGUGUGCCUGGUGAAGAAGAACUCACCAGCAGCUCUUGCAGGACUGCGUUUUGGAGACCAGAUCUUGCAAAUCAACAGUGAAAAUGUGGCAGGGUAUUCGAUGGAAAAAGUACAUGACAUGCUGAAGAAGAGUCCUACAAAUGGAAUUUCCCUUGCCAUUAGAGACAGGCCAUUCGAGAGAACUGUUACCUUACACAAGGACAGCACAGGUCACAUUGGGUUCCAGUUCCGUGAUGGAGAGAUCACUGCCCUCGUCAAGGAUUCCUCGGCUGCGCGAAAUGGACUUCUCACAGACCACCAUCUGCUGGAGGUGAAUGGGCAGAAUGUGGUGGGGCUAAAGGACAAGGAGGUCUCAGCCAUAAUCAAUGAGUGUGGGCAGGUGGUCCAGGUGACAAUCAUGCCGUCCUUUGUCUACAAGCACAUGAUGAAGCACAUGGCCUCCUCGCUGAAGAAGUUCAUGGACCACUCCAUUCCCGACCUGUAAAAAGGGGGAGUUGCAGUACAGAACGGAUGGAAAGGAGUAAGAAAUGAAAAAACGAAGAAAGGAGGAGCAGUUUAAGGACCAGGAUUUGUUUUACACUUAGGAAGGACUUUUCUGCAACACGAGGAUGGCAGCAGAAGAAUGGAUGAAGUCAUUUAUGCAGGAAGUACCAGUCCACAAUAGUUGUACGUGGGACCCUUGUGUAUGGCUAUUUUUAUAUGUGAAAGAAGAGGUCCCUAUUUAUUUUGUUGUCAUUUUAAUUUCUCUCUCUUAUUUUCCCCCACUUUCUCACUGUAUAUGUAUGCAUUCUUUCCAUGGAAAGAUAAAUCAAUUAUUAGAAUUGAUAUAUUGGUUUCUUAUAUAAGGUAUUCUUUUCAUGGUAUGUUAAAAUAUGUAUCCAGUGUGAAGUGGAUGCAUUAGAAGUAGUGUUACGUAAAAGGAUUAGGGUAGCUUGUUUGUUGAGUGUAGAGAGAUCAACAAAAUCCAGGUGCCAAUUGAGUACUGAAUAUAUUACUCAUAUACUAAGUAGUUGAAUAAUAAUAUAGAAGAAGGGAGUGAACUAACAAUGGAUGUUAGGACCCUUUCCAAAUGUUCAACUUGCUAGCAUGAGUUCCUAAGUCUUAGAGAGAUUUACAUCUAAAUUUGUAUAGUAUGUAUUAAUUUCUGGAUAAGUCAGCAUUAUUCAAUUCGACAAAUACUGUUUUGCUUCAAGAAAACAAAAGAAUUGCCUGGUAGUUUUAACUGUAAUGGUGCAGUUAUUAUACUUAAUGAAGUCUAUUGCCUCAUGCAAAAGAGAAGUAAAAUGGGAAUUAAUUGCAUUUAACUUUUAAUUGUACCACAUGAACAGGGUAGACUACAAACUUCUGAUGUUACAAGUAAAAUUCACAAUAUUGAAUUGUAUUUAUCCCAUGAUAGAAGGAAUGAAGAUUGUAAGAAUGCAUGUGAAAGCACAAAGCAUGUUUUUUUGUCACUGUAAAGGUAGUACCAUAUUCAGUUAUAUUUAAUUCUCUGAAUGUAAUGUUUCUUAUGGUAUCAUUAAUAUGGAUGAUUAGUGAUAUUAUGUACCAUGUACACCUAAUCAUUAGUAAUGAUUUAGCCAUUGGUUUUGUAUAUUAUAUCCAAAUACCUUUUCUAAUGGUUCAUUCAUUGUACCUUAUAGUCAAUAGCUAGGUGUAUUUUAUAUAAUACGGACAAAUAUUUCGCUGUUGUAUCCUUCCAAAUGUUAGAAACCACAUAAUGCAUUGUUCCAAUUACUGAUAUUAUAAAUGUAUGUUAAAAUGUUUGGAUGUUAAUUACACUCAGUUAUGUACUUCUACAUGCAGAUUAAGCUAAAAUAUUUUUACAAACACGAACUCUCAAGUACACAAACACAGCUGAAAAAAAUUGUUUUAAUGGUCACAUUAAAGUAGAUAGAUAUAUUAUUUGUAAAGAAAGAAAAUCUUAUAGUAAACACUACACAAACAGCAGAAAUACACAAAACCUGGAAACCAGUCCAUGAUCAACAUUGAAAGGUUAUUUCUAAGCAUAACACAACAGCACACAUUUUCCGUUGCAUCUAGUAUAAUGGUCCUAAGUCUGAAUUACCUAUAUACUGUAAGCAGGUAAACGUCAUAAAGAGAGCAAAAUGUUUUAUGUUGAAGGGCAUUAAGAGUUACAAAAGAAAUCAACUGUCAUAAGUUUUUGGUGGAGUUGUGUGUGUUGAGGCAGUACCACAGGGUCCAUUUAUGUUUGAUUAUACCUCACAUUGGUUGACUUUGUGAGGUUUGUGAUAAAAAUGAGAAAAAAUAUAUAUGAUUAUAUCCAUUAUCUUUAUUAAAAGGAAGCUUUGAUGUCA